UGGGAAAUGGUUUUAAAUUUCAUCAAACAGAUUGCAUUGCUUCGACCAUGCUCAUUCGCAAGAAAAAUCUUAUCGGCAAAAUUCUACACCGGAAGCCUAUAUGAGCCAGAUUAUUUAGAGACAGGAAAAUCGAAAUUUCCACUUUUAUCUACAAUAAAUGUACAGAUUAGAGGUUAUGAUUAUCCUGUUCUCGAAUGCUAUCAGGCUUUUGUUCAUAAAUUGGCAGAUAUCAUGCAAAUCGAUGUAGAUAAUGGCUGGCCGUUACCACCUCAAGAGUUCAAGAUUCAAAAAUAUAAAACUGGAACAACAACGAUCAUAUCCGAAUACUAUCUCAAAAUUUAUGAAAGAAAUUUACAAAUGUUGGAAGUACCUUCUAUAAAAUAUUCUGUAUUUAUCAGAGUGUUGGAAGCAACUUUACCACAGGGUGUUACUUUGAAUAUAGACACUUAUGAUCCUGUGUUAGAAGAGAAGCGGUACAUACCAGACAAAGAAUUAAUUAACUUGAAGUCUACGUUAGAUACACUACAAAAGAAUAAAACUUGAAUAUAUACUAUAAUUAACGUAGCAUUUAACAUGUGAAUGAUGCUUUUGUACAUAUAAACAUUAAAAGCCAUUCUCUUUAAAAUAAUAUAAAUGUUUAAAAUAGAGACAACUCAAGAUAACUUAAGAAAAGUAUAUGGAAUUAAUCGAUGAAGAAGUUUUUUUUUGUUAACUUUCCUGAAAUAAUUAUACAAUAUAUACAAACCUUUUAUAAAAAUAUUUCACAAUACUCUCAUCAUUUUUAGUCAUAAUUAGAUUAAAAUUAGAUUAAAUUUUAUCCUUUAUUACAAAUAUAAUCGGCUUUCUGUAUUGUUUAUCACUCCUCUUAUCUUCUCGUUACUUCGCACACCUUCACAUACAGUGCAUACAUGUAUUACAUAAUGCAUAUAUAAAUACAGUUCGUAUUACUUUUCUUAACAAUACUGUUUUACAAUAACCAAAAUGCACAAC